AUGCUUCAUGGCGGCAAUACUGCUCUGCAUAUAGCAGCUAUAAGGCAAAUGAAAGACGUGGUGGACUAUAUUAUUGGAAGGAAGCCACAAAUAAAUAAGAAGUCCGAUAGACUGACUACACCUUUGCAUGAAGCGGUUAAAUGUGAAAGAGUGGACAUAACAAAAAUUCUACUGGACAAUGGGGUAGACAUCGAGGCUAGAGAUAGAACAGGACAAACACCACUGCAUUGGGCCCUCGGUUAUACAAACUCUUUGGAUCAAGUUAGGACUUUGAUCAUAAAUGGUGCAGAUGUGAAUUCCAUGGACGAAUAUGCAAGAACCCCACUACAUACUCUUUGUUCUAAAGGAUUGCGCAUAAACUUCGAUACUUUUGAGCUUCUUCUACAGAAAGUUUCCGAUAUAAACGCAGGAGAUAUAAAGGGAGCUUCCCCAUUGCAUAAGUUGAUGAGAUUCUUAAGUCGCGUCCACACUAUGCCGAACGACAUCAUUCGACCUAUACGGGGCGACACGUUCGAAAAUCUGGAUAAUACCAAAGCGAUUUCUUUCACGAGAAAAGAAAUUUUCGUAUUUUUGAAAUCGGUAUUAAACGAAAAUAUCAACGUUGUUACUGACAUUGUUGAAAAGGAGGUGUCAAAAAAAUUUGAGCAACCAUACAUUUUGCCGAAAAGUCUGAAAGAUGCUCUGGGUAAAUUGGUACCGAAAUUAAAAAAGAAAUGGCAAUUAGCGGCUAGGAACGAAUCCAGAUUCCUCAAAAAUUUCGAUGAGUGGCUCAACGUGCCUGUGUCUUUCACAAUUGAAGAAGGUUUGAAUACUCCCAUGGAUACUUUGGGGCAUCCUUCGAUUGACCACACAAUGGGUCGUCCUUCCACAAGCUGGAACGAGUUAAGUGAUCGGUCAAAACGUAGGAGGACAGAAAAGGUGCGAAACGAAAAUAUAGUGUACGAAUUGGCGUACGCUACACAAAUGAGCCUCCGGGCUUCUGGAAAUUCACAAGCUUCAAAGGUAAUCAGGGAUGUCACAGAAGGGAGCCCAUCAAAAGCAUCUCAGUACCGUACGUCUAUUGAACGCGUUUCAGAAGGUGUACUGUCUGGUAACGAAGCAUUAUCACUUGUAGUAGAAGAAUCAAAUCAGAUUGUUUUAAAUAACACGAGUGAUACAUCUGACGAUGAUGACUGUUCGCAGGACAGCGAUUAA